AAUUGUUAAAUGUACAAGACUAAAAGCCUUAGCAUCGGCGACGGCUUCGAAAGCGUCACUUUAAAAAUGAAUUAGCGUUUUUGAAACUUUGUCACGUUUACUCCAAUUCACUAAAAAUGCAAAUGUAGGCGAAUUUCGCUGGAGCUGAUUUCUCGGGAAACGCACACAAGUCAAGAAAGAGAAAAGGAAAAUUCGUCGUAUUUACAUUCUCCUUAAAACGUGAAAUGAAACGCCGUAGUCGUGCAGUGACGGCAAAGAAAUGCACAAAAAAGCGUGCUGUUUUGCUUCAUAAACCUGUUGCUUUUUGACGGUCUCGUUGCCGUCGUCGCUGCCAAAGCUCCCUGCUCUUUACGGCCCUCAUGACUCAUAUUGUUACAGUACAUAAAUGCGUGACUUUUUUUGAAAUCGUAGAAUUUGCCUAAGGAACAGCAGAAGGAAAUACAGGCAAAACACAGGGCCAGCCAGGAACUCCUCGAACUUCACCAGCAGACCAAAACAAAGGUAAGGUAGAGCUGAUGUUUUGCUCAGGAAACCUUUUGCUGUUAAGCAUACAAGUUCUUCUUUUUUUCUUUUCUUUGUUGUUUUCCUGGCAGUCGGGAAAGAAAACAACGUCGACCCUUUCGUUUUAUGAAAGCGUUCUCCCAAGAUUUAUUUGACGAACGGCAGCAAGGGACAGAAUCACUGUAAACGUAAUCGUGAAUUAACUUUCGUACCCAUAUUGUUUUUUGUUGUUUGUUUGUUUCGUUGUUUAUAUGUUUUUGUACUCUAUCGGUUUUUGUAUAAUAAUACCACAAUAUUCAAUGUUAGUUCACUGUCUUCACUCUUAACUGGUUUUACUUGUUGUUGUUGUUAAUGUUUCUUGUUUUUUGUUUUUGUUGUUUGUUUUGUGUUUUUCGUUUUUCAAAGUACGUUGAUCAUAUUCUGUGUAAUAUUCCUUUUUUAUUGCCAGGUACCUAGUUCACAUCAAGUUGAAAGCCAGAAAACUGACACGGUCACCAGAGGUGGGGUCCAGUCUCUUCGAAGAGUGAACGGAGUUUCUGAAUCAGCGUUUCUUGUAGAGGUCAAUAAAUCCUCUAGCAGCUUAGGUUUGACCUUAGAAGGCGGUUCUGAUGUGGGGAGUGACGUAAGGAUUAAAUCGCUUAAGGUGAGACAAACGGGGAGUAGAGUGGAGGCUGCCUCGUUCCUAGGGGUCUCAAGUGUAGAAAACUGAAAACGCGACUGCACGAGCCAUCAAGGAGUAUCGCGCAGUGGACCAUGGGAACGUUUAGCAUGGACGCAAAGGACGCUGGGAAGGGUGAACGAGAAAAAUGAGACGUUUUUCUCUUCACCUUUCCCAUGAUACCGAGCGCGGAACCAAAAUCGCAGUUGCUCUCGAAUCCGCUAGAACGCGCCUGGGUACGAGGCAGGAGUAGAGGUUGUAUGAGGCUUUUGACACAGUUUUUUUUUAUGGGUAAAGUCAAUGCCGUUUCUUCGUUUAAAUCAAGCUAACAAGGCAAAUGGUUGCUUUGUCAUGCAAGCUCUGUAUUAGUAACAAAGGUCUUCAUGUGAUUAGUAAAUUAAAGUAAGGGUCGCGGUUGUUUAGGCGUAGUGGCCGCGCGCCUGCCCUAAAACCCAGCACUAGCACUUCGGUUCUUAUUUGUCGCUCUUAUACAAGGGUUGUUUACCAUUUACAUGGCCAGGGUAAACUGAUCGGUUCACGGUUUGAACAAAUGGUAAACAAAACUCGGAACAGUGGUAAAUUUCGCUCAAGAAUCGCGUAGGCCAUCAAUUUACAGAAAAAACGGCCGCAAAAACCUGAAACUGGUAUCAGAGAGGGGUUUAAAGAAAUGGAACGCGAAUUUCUGUUUUGGAACAUCCACACCGGGAAAACAGUAAUAACUUUUCAGGCGUUCCAUUGUUCCCGAAAUAUUCGGCUGGUACCACCCAAAAAGUCGUGAAACAUUUACUUUCCAACGGGAAUUUUCGGUGACGAUCUGUUGCUCAUUUAAGAUUUGGGCCUAUUACAUAAACCGUGCUGUAGCCCUGCCUAGGAUGAUUAAGACGUGGCGGUGAGUUGUUGCUAAGGUCUUGCGUACAUGUAAACCCAUUCUUAGUAAUGGAGUUGAUGAACACCGUGCUUGUUUUCAGCCUAUCAAAGAAAUGUGGAAACCUCUCUUCGCCGGAAGAAGAGCAUCAAGAACUUUACCAUAAUAAUGGUCUGCCGUGAAUGGAUAGUUGUUAGUACCCUUAGUUGAAUUUUCAUAAUCAGAGUUCGCACAGAUAUUUGGAUAAAAAUUUCAGAAUUUUUUCCAAAAAACAAUAAUUUCGUGUUCUAGACUCAAGGUUAUCAAAUAGGCGAUCAAUACAGACCUGAAAACACAGGCUAUUUUUUACUUGGUGUGCUGCAAACGUACGGACGAGAUUGAAUAAAAUUUGACCAAAGCACACUUCUAAAACACUUGUUGGAGGUUUGAAAAGAACUCAAGACUUUUUACCUUUUUUUCUAGACUUUAUCUCCAUUUUUAAGACUUUUUCAAGAAUUCAAUACUUUAUACGAACCCUGAAUUAAUAAUCUUGACUUUCACCGUUCACUGCACCUGUUAGAUUCGAUUAUCGUUGAUUGCAAUUGUUUCUAAAAUGGCUUUUUUGGUGUUAUAGGAGGGUAACUUCGCAGCUUGGAAGUGUGGAAGGUUAAAAGCGGGGCAAGUUCUCCUUCAAGUGGACGACACACCACUAAGAGGAAUGACCAGCGGCAUUGCAGUACUCACUUUAAGACAUGCGUAUUCUAACUCUGAUUCCGAUGUACUCAAGCUACUUGUACGAGACGUUUCAUGACGAUAAUUAUUUAAAGAUAUAUCAUCAUGGAAUAACGUAUUGACAACAAUUUUAGACACACCUUUUAUGACAAUAGAAACAAUAAUAUGUAAACAGUAUGGCUUUAAUGGUUUGUUGAUCGAAAACGAGUUAAUAAGCAGGAGUGAGUUGUUUUUUAACCUAGAAUUAUCACCCUUAUGCAAAAGGAAUAUUUCAGCUAUUUUCAUUGUCUGCCCGACUCCUUCCUUAGACAUCGAAAAAUUUAAUUAAGAGAUCUCUUUAAGGUCGUGAGUUGACUGCUCUUAUAAAGAGAGUCAUUUAAGAAUGACCUGAUGUGUGAAUUGGUGUGAACAUAACAUUCCUAAAU